GUUGAGUGUUUUAUAAGUGAAUGACAGAAUAAAGUGUUUCUGAUUCAGGUAUGUUCUUUAACUUGUGGCAGAACUAUUGAAGAUCAAAAAAUAAUGGCAAAAGAAGAAUUUCAAGACAUAAUACAAAGAUGUCAAAUACUGAAUGAGGAGAACUUUAAAGAAGAAGAUUUUGACCAUUUCCAAGCUGCAGGAAAGAAGUGCUUGGAAGAGGGGUAUAUAGUUGAAGUAUUAGAAGUCAUUCAAAAUGAGAAAAACAAGGUUAUUAUCAAAAGCAUGGGUUGGAAUCUUGUGGGUCCUCUGAUCAGAUGUAUACAUGAAUAUAAAGAAGACGAUGCUGAAAGAGAUUGCUGCAGGAAAAUAUUAGAUAAGUUGGUGGAGCUGUGCAAUCCAAAAGAGCUUGUACUGGGUUUUUUGGAGCAGAUUGAACAAACUUCUAAGGAACAGAUGUCCCAAACUGUCUUGCUUCUGCUUAAGCCUCUGCAGGAAGUGAUUCUGAAACUUCAGAGAAAUAAAGCAUAUUCAAUCGGGUUGUCACUGUCUACAAUUUUGAACCAGCUCUCCCUUCUGCCAGUACCUUACACAGCACAGCAACUACAAGAAGACGUGCAUGGCCUCUGCCACUGUUGCAAUGCUUUAACAGAUUUUGUUAAUCCUUUUGUGGAUGAAGUUGCUAGACACAUGGAGACCUCAGAUGGAGGCUGCAAAGAGCUAAAGGAGGAAUUGCUAAGUUUUUGCCUGAAGUGCUUGAAAUAUCCCUUGCUAAUGGCAGAGCUUGAAGAAUUGCCUGAGGAGACUAUCAAGCAUCCCUUAAAACAGUUUGCUGCUGAUAUACUAGGUAUUUUGCUGGAUAUUAGAGAAUUGAUUCCCAAAGUAUUCCCUCAACAUGGAUGCAAAAAUCAAACCCGGGAUAAUGAAGGCUUAAUGGAAAUAGAACAAGAACAGUCCGCAGAUUCUUUGGCAUGUCUGUCUUAUAUAGUCUUUGUUCAGGAUUUUGGAAUGAACUAUUUUCCAUCAGUUUUCCACCCCUCAUAUAUUCUGCAGUGCAACAUGGUACAUAUUCAAGUUCUACUAGAAAGGAAAGAAGAAUCUGUACUAUCGAAAGGACUUGAUCUGUUGGAGAGCUGUCUACUGAGGCUGGAAGAUAAUAGCCUUUUCCUUCAGUACUUGGAGUUCAAAAGCUUUAUUACAAUACCUCAGGAUAUGGUUAAAGUGAUGACACUGUGUCCUUUUGAAUGUCUGAGAAAGAAGAGCUUAAAGCUUUUACAGCUCUAUAUAAACAAAUUUGAGGAAGAAGGAAAAUACACUUUGUUCAGGUGUCUGUUGAAGACAAGUAACCAUUCUGGUGUGGAAGCAUACAUUAUCCAAAAUAUUAAAAACCAAAUUGAUUUAUCUUUAAAGAGUGCAAAGAGUAGUAAAUGUUUUACUGGACUCCAGCUGGUUUCACUGUUAGACGCUGUGUUCUCACUUCCUGAAGGAGCUGAAACUGAUCUUCUCCAGAACUCAGACAGGAUUAUGGCAUCUCUAAAUCUGCUGAGAUAUUUAGUCAUUAAAGAUAAUGAAAAUGACAAUGAAACCUGUGUUUGGACAGAACUUACCAAGAUUGAGCAAAAUUUCUUGAAACCGUUACACACUGGACUUAAUAUGUCAAGGGCACAUUAUGAAGCAGAAAUAAAGAAUAAAAAAAACAACAAAAGAGAGUCCCACACUUCUCGGACAGUUUGCUCUGUAACAGUAGCUGGGGAAAAGAUGCCUGCAAUGACAACUGAAAUGGAACUUCAGGUUCUUCAGUCAGCUCUCUUCACAUUUGACUUAAUAGAAAGUGUUCUGGCCAGAGUAGAAGAACUCAUUGAAGUCAAAACAAAAAUAGCAGCUGAAGCAAAUGCUGGGAUCAAGUGAAAGUUUGCCUCCCAUACCCCAAUUAUGUUUCAUAUUAUGCACUUCAUUCUGACUUGUUGGAUAAAGUAACAAGCUUUAAUUAUGUGCAAAAUAGUAUGUACACCAGCUGCUAGAAGAGGAAGCCCAAGACAUUUUUCUUCUUUUUUUGGUUUUCAUCUUGGUAAUUAAGGGGGGGGAUUGCAUCAUAGAAUGUUAACUGUGGUGUCAUAGUUGCAACAUACCUGUACUGUGUUUAGCUUUAAUUUUUUUUAAAAAAAAUCUUUUAUCAAAAUUUGGUGUGGUUUAGUCAUCUGACCUCUGCUUUUGGCUGGCAAAACUUGUGGAUGCAUGCACAAGAGUUUGAGGUUUCAUGACACACGACAGUACUGCAUGGCACUCUGUUACUGUGACAUAAAGGAUAUCUCUCUGGAAAAACAGCAGGGAUGGAAACAGGCCCUUGAUGGAAGUUGGAGGUCACAUGUUUCCUGAGCGAAUUAGGGCUCAGCACAGGAAACAGGGCUCCAAAAGAUUCUCAUGGGUCUUUACUAUUCAGCUCAGAUAAUGCAGGUUUAUGCAUAUCUUGUUCCAACAAAAGCACUUCUAGUGCAGAAUUCCAAGAUAUCUAUAUAUCAAAUUCUUGAUAUAGCAUCUGUAGAUACUUAAGUUUGUGCACUGGGGCUAGAUAGAGAGAUAUGGAGAACUUUCUGCAAACUUAGGGAACCUCUAGGCUUGUGGGAAAAAAUAUUAAAAAUGGGACAAACAGAACUGAACUGUUGGCCUAGCCUCAUCUCUUCUCACAGCAGAGCAGAUAGACGGAUAGCGACACUUGGCAGAUGCUGAAGCAGGCUGAAGAGAAGGAGCAGGAAUGGUCCCCACCAUCACUUCUGCUUGAGCCACAGAAAGGUGGCAGUGCUGGUGGACAAGAAGAGCAGGAGCUGCCACCAUGUGAGCCACAGGGCAGUAAUGCAGGUGGCUAGGCAUGUGUUCCAUGGGCCCUUCACUUGUACAUUUCCAGAUAAUUUCAAGAAAAAGGCAACAGCAGGAACUGAUAGAAUUGCCAUGCUUCUUUUAUUUCCUGUCCUCAAGCACAGUAACUAUGCAGUUAUGAGAAGAUACCCCAAAUAUGGCAAAGGAGACCAAAAAACAGGGAUGUGCCUAUGUUGCCCGUAAAAAUACUUUCUAGCACGGAUAUGAAACAAACUUGGACUCAGUAACUGGUUCAGAGAGGGUUUUCUCAGUGAACUGGAACUGAACUUCGAACCAGAACUGAACACCAACAAUGGAAUCAACUGAAAAUAGAAUCUCCUGAGUGCCUGGCUACUGAUCCUCCUGAGGGGUAGUACAGGCACCUCUCUGCUCCAGCUAUAUUUGGAGAAUAUUUAUUUCCUGGUGAGCUAUUUGAAAAGAGGAGACGGAGCAGAAGAGAUUGGUAGGUAGAACCAAGGACUGGUAGUCUUCCUGGUGCUGCAGUAUAAGCUUGCCUUCCCAUGUGGCAAGCUUAGCCAGGAAGGCCUCAGGGUAGAGGGGUCUGGAAGCCCCUUGUAUAUUCUUGGUGCUGCACUUCCUUCUUGCCACCAUUUUACCAUAUCUAAAGAAGGAAAGUUAUUUACCAUUUUUACUAAAAAAGAUAGAGCCUUAGGGAGAUUAAAUUUUAAAAAGGGAGGGCAGCUGUGAGGAGGCAGAGGGAAAGGAGUUCAAUUUGAAAGAUGGAGUAAAGUCAUAUUUAGCUGUUCUAAUCUGUUUAAUAAAUUAUUAAUUGCUUUGUUAUUUUGCCCAAAGCCUCCCUCGAUGGCUAGACCUAAAGUUUAGUUUUUGCUUUUGGCCUCUGUCUGAGACUUUCCUCCUAAAAUUGUAAUUCUAUAUUGGUUGUUUAGGGUGGGGAGGUUGUUUUGUUUUUAGGUUUGAAGAUACAUGCAGAUGCUUUAGGAUUUUUUAUUUUUAUAAUUGUGCUCAGUAUAGACAAAGUGAUUUUAAUAAAGACCAAGACCUAGGGAAGAAAAGGAACUGUAACACUGUUGAUAUUUCAUACAGUUCAAUAACUAGUUUAUACCGCAGGAAAUUGUAAACAAAGCUUAUUAAAAAUUAAGUAAGCAAUACGCAUUGAUUCUAUCUUGGAAGGAAAGUAUUCUCUAGUGGCUAGAGGGGGGAAAUUUAGGCCCAGCUACUUUAUCUCAGGCAAUGUAACCCAGUGAUUUAUAAAAUAAUUAUGUUAGAACUGCUAAAACAUUUCUACACCUACCAUACAUUUCAAAUUGAGUUUCCAACUCAUUUUACAGACUUACUUUGCAAGCAAAUAAUGUCAGAAUAUUCUUCAUGAAAUGUGUUUGAAUCAGUUAUUGGACACAGUUAAAUCAGUUUGAAUUAGUUACUGGAAACAGUUACUGGACAGUUAAAAAUACAGCUGACUCUGAACUGGGACAGAACUCAAAUUUGCAAUGGUUUGACACUUGCUUUUCUGGAGUUGUAGUAUAGAAAGUGAAAUGGCCAAGUAUAGGAAUUGAGAUGGCCAAGAUUGUAAAUGCUUUGGGAAUGGGCCUGUGAUAUAAAAGGGCAUGGCAACAAUUUUCUAACACUUGUUGGAUAGCUUUAACAAGCACUCUCCCAACAAAGGAAAGAACUGAGUAAUCUUGAGUAAAACCUGAAUAUGAAUUGAUAUUGCAAAUCAAAAGCUGUUUCUCUAUGGAAAAUUGCCUGGUCAUUCCUGGAGAUGAAUGUGUUCCAACACAUCCCUUGGACUGGAAUGUACAGGUUGAUAGAUAACAUUCACUGAUUGGAAAAGAUAGCUCUUGAAUACAAAAGAGAUGUUUAUUUCCGUUCAUGAGGGAAAUGUCAACAAAUGUUAUUCUUACAGAAGUUGAAAUACAGAUGCAUAAACAACUAUUUUGCUAUAAACUGCCUCCUGGUAAUCAUGUACAUGUUACUCGUCUGUGCACUUGAAUAAUGAAUGUUCUUUCACAAUGUUACUUCUGUGACUAUCCGGUUGCCAGUUUCCACUCAGAGCUUAAAUAUACUCAGUAUUCAUUGUUCAUGUUCUUAAAUGCCAAAAGACAAAUAAAACUUUAAACAAA